AUGGGGGCUCUCCGGGUGAUCCUGCUUGUGGCCUGGCUGGCUCUCCAAUGCGGCAUGGCCACUGGGGGUCCCCAGGGCAGAUACUUCGUCACGGCCUUCCUAGAGAACGGGAUGCCAAAAGUCGCCGGGCACUUCAAGCUCUUCCUCAUUGGCUACCACGACGCCACAUCUGUCACCGUGACCAUCCCCAAGUCCAAAUUCCGGGAAGUGGUGGCCCUCCAUCGGAAGCAGGUGGUGACGGUGCAACUCCCGAGCCAUGUACAGAUGGUGGGCACCAACAUCUUCCCCAGCACCGUGGUAGUCAAGUCCUCCAAGCUGAUCUCAGUGAUGUCCCUCAACUCCAAGGAGACGUCCACAGAGACUACAAUUGUCUACCCCCUGUUUUUCCUGGGGAAAAAAUACUUUGUGAUCACGCCCACUGGGCACCCCACAGGGUCCUUCCAGGAGUUUGCCGUGGUGGCCUGUCAGCAGGCCACCAACGUGGACAUCUACCUCCGUGGCCAGGUGACUUUCAAAGGUCAAGUCUACCCCGCUGGCAGCAAGCUCCAUGUGUCCCUAAAGCCCUUCCAAACCAUCCAGCUCCAGAGCACGAAUGACCUCUCGGGCACCAAGGUCCUCUCCCAGAAGCCCGUGGCCGUAUUGGCCGGCCACACCUGCAUCUGGUCCCACAACCACUGCCAGCAUGUGAUGGAGCAGUUGCUGCCGGUGAGCCAAUGGGGCAAGACCUUUGCCGUGGUGCCCCUCUCCUUCCAGUCCACCCAUGCUGUGGCCUUUGUGGUGGCCCACCAAGCCACAUUGCUCCAGAUACAGGCUGGCCCCAAGCAGAAGAUGCUAUGGCUACAAGCUGGGGAGGUGAAGAAGCUGGCGGUGAAGCUGGCCAAGCCACUGUACCUCACUGCUGAUGCUGGGAUCCAGGUGAUCUUCUACUCCUUGGGGAGCGUCAAGGCUGGGGUUCCCUAUGAGCCCUUCCUCUCCCAGGUGCCCGCCCUCCGAAACUAUGCCAAGUCCUACUAUGUGCUGGGCCGCUUGGGCAUCCACAACAUGGCCAUCAUCAUCACCAAGAGCUACACCACCGGCCAGCUCACCUUCGACCACCAACCCCUGCGCCAGCUGCAGUGGCAACCCAUUCCCGGGUCAGGGUAUUCGUGGGCGGAGUAUCGCUUCAGCCGGAAGCAGAAGGUCCAUGUUCUCAAGCACCCUGGUGCCCCCUUCGGUGUCCUCAGUAUCGGCAUCGCCGACCACAUCACCCACGGCACCGUCGCCUUUGCCAACGCCCCUCCGAAGUCCCAGGGAAGACAUGGACGGGGCCUUUGCAGCCACAUCCAGUGCUCCAGUGGGCAAAGGUGUGUGGAGAAAGACGGGUACCUGCAGUGUGUGCCAGCCCACGCCAGCUGCAGCGCUGUCCACUGCAGCCAUGGGACCGAGUGCCGGAUCCUGGGGGGCUACCCCAAGUGUGUCCACCAAAGGCCAGGAUGUAGUGAUAUCCAGUGCCAUAAAGGCACCACAUGCCAGAUCAUCAAUGGGUAUCCCAAGUGUGUCCACCAGACACCCACGUGCCAGGACAUUCAUUGCCACAAGGGUAAAGUGUGCAAGAUAGUGGAUGGAUACCCGAAGUGUGUCCACCGGGCACCCACCUGUCAGGACAUCCAUUGCCAUAAAGGUGCCAUGUGCCAGAUCAUCGAUGGGUUUCCCAAGUGUGUCCAACGUGCACCCACUUGCAGUAACAUCCAUUGCCACAAGGGCAAAGUGUGCAAAAUGGUGGAUGGAUACCCAAAGUGUGUCUACCAGGCACCCACCUGCCAGGACAUCCAUUGUCACAAGGGCAAAGCAUGCAAGAUAGUAGACGGAUACCCAAAGUGUAUCCACCAAGCACCCACCUGCCUUGACAUCCAUUGCCACAAGGGUAAAGUGUGCAAGGUAGUGGAUGGAUACCCGAAGUGUGUCCACCGGGCGCCCACCUGCCAGGAUGUCCAUUGCCACAAGGGUAAAGUGUGCAAGGUAGUGGAUGGAUACCCGAAGUGUGUCCCCUGGGCACCCACCUGCCAGAACAUCCAUUGCCAUAAAAGUGCCACGUGCCAGAUCAUCGAUGGGUUUCCCAAGUGUGUCCAGCGCACACCCACAUGCGGUGACAUCCAUUGCCACAAGGGCAAAGUGUGCAAGAUAGUGGAUGGGUACCCAAAGUGUGUCCACCGGGCACCCACCUGUCAGGACAUCCAUUGCCAUAAAGGUGCCACGUGCCAGAUCAUUGAUGGGUUUCCCAAGUGUGUUCAGCGCACACCGACAUGUAGUGACAUCCAUUGCCACAAGGGCAAAGUGUGCAAGAUUGUGGAUGGGUACCCAAAGUGUGUCCACCGGGCACCCACCUGCCAGGACAUCCAUUGCCAUAAAGGUGCCACGUGCCAGAUCAUUGAUGGGUUUCCCAAGUGUGUCCAGCACACACCCACAUGUAGUGACAUCCUUUGCCACAAGGGCAAAAUGUGCAAGAUAGUGGAUGGAUACCCGAAGUGUAUCCACCGGGCGCCCACCUGCCAGGACAUCCAUUGCCAUAAAGGUGCCACGUGCCAGAUCAUUGAUGGGUUUCCCAAGUGUGUCCAGCACACACCCACAUGUAGUGACAUCCAUUGCCAUAAGGGCAAAGUGUGCAAGAUAGUGGAUGGGUACCCAAAGUGUGUCCACCGGGCACCCACCUGCCAGGACAUCCAUUGCCAUAAAAGUGCCACAUGCCAGAUCAUCGAUGGGUUUCCCAAGUGUGUCCAGCGCACACCCACAUGUACUGACAUCCAUUGCCACAAGGGCAAAGUGUGCAAGAUAGUAGAUGGAUACCCAAAGUGUGUCCACCGGGCGCCCACCUGCCAGGACAUCCAUUGCCAUAAAGGUGCCACGUGCCAGAUCAUUGAUGGGUUUCCCAAGUGUGUCCAGCGCACACCCACAUGUAGUGACAUCCAUUGCCAUAAGGGCAAAGUGUGCAAGAUAGUGGAUGGAUACCCGAAGUGUGUCCACCGGGCACCCACCUGCCAGGACAUCCAUUGCCAUAAAAGUGCCACAUGCCAGAUCAUCGAUGGGUUUCCCAAGUGUGUCCAGCGCACACCCACAUGUAUUGACAUCCAUUGCCACAAGGGCAAAGUGUGCAAGAUAGUAGAUGGAUACCCAAAGUGUGUCCACCGGGCGCCCACCUGCCAGGACAUCCAUUGCCAUAAAGGUGCCACGUGCCAGAUCAUUGAUGGGUUUCCCAAGUGUGUCCAGCGCACACCCACAUGUAGUGACAUCCAUUGCCAUAAGGGCAAAGUGUGCAAGAUAGUGGAUGGAUACCCGAAGUGUGUCCACCGGGCACCCACCUGCCAGGACAUCCAUUGCCAUAAAAGUGCCACAUGCCAGAUCAUCGAUGGGUUUCCCAAGUGUGUCCAGCGCACACCCACAUGUACUGACAUCCAUUGCCACAAGGGCAAAGUGUGCAAGAUAGUAGAUGGAUACCCAAAGUGUGUCCACCGGGAGCCCACCUGCCAGGACAUCCAUUGCCAUAAAGGUGCCACGUGCCAGAUCAUCGAUGGGUUUCCCAAGUGUGUCCAGCACACACCCACAUGCGGUGACAUCCAUUGCCACAAGGGCAAAGUGUGCAAGAUAGUGGAUGGGUACCCAAAGUGUGUCCACCGGGCACCCACCUGCCAGGACAUCCAUUGCCAUAAAGGUGCCACGUGCCAGAUCAUUGAUGGGUUUCCCAAGUGUGUCCAGCGCACACCCACAUGUAGUGACAUCCAUUGUCACAAGGGCAAAGCGUGCAAGAUCGUGGAUGGAUACCCAAAGUGUGUCCACCGGGCACCCACCUGCCAGGACAUCCAUUGCCAUAAAGGUGCCAUGUGCCAGAUCAUCGAUGGGUUUCCCAAGUGUGUCCAACACACACCCACAUGUAGUGACAUCCAUUGCCACAAGGGCAAAGUGUGCAAGGUAGUGGAUGGGUACCCGAAAUGUAUCCACCGGGCACCCACGUGUAGUGAUAUCCACUGCCACAAAGGUGCUGUGUGCCAGAUCAUUGAUGACUUUCCCAAGUGUAUCCAGCACACACUCACUUGCAGUGACAUCCAUUGCCACAGGGGCAGAGUGUGCAAGGUAGUGGAUGGGUACCCUAAGUGUGUCCACCGUAGGCCCACUUGUAAUGACAUCUAUUGCCAUAAAGGCACCGUGUGCCAGAUCAUUGAUGGAUUCCCCAAGUGUACCCAACGUGUGCCCACCUGCAGUGACAUUAUUUGUCACAAGGGCACUGUGUGCAAGGUAGUGGAUGGGUACCCAAAGUGCAUCCACCAUAGGCCCACUUGCAAUGACAUCUACUGCCAUAAAGGCGCCGUGUGCCAGAUUACCGAUGGGUUCCCCAGGUGCAUCCAACAUGUGCCCACCUGCAGUGACAUCCAUUGCCACAAGGACACCAUUUGCAAGGUAGUUCAUGGAUAUCCAAAGUGUGUCCGUGUGCCCACCUGCAGUGACAUGCACUGCUAUAAAGGCACUGUGUGCCAAAUUAUUGAUGGUUUCCCCAAGUGUAUCCAGCAUGUGCCCACCUGCAGUGACAUCUAUUGCCACAAAGACACCAUAUGUCAGAUCAUCAAUGGAUUCCCUAAGUGUGUCCAGCAUGUGCCCACAUGCAGUGACAUCUUUUGCCAUAAAGGUACCAUGUGCCAGAUUGUGGGUGGAAUCCCAAAGUGCAUCCCACGUGUACCCACCUGCAGUGACAUCUAUUGCCACAAAGGCACCGUGUGCCAGAUCAUUGAUGGAGUCCCCAAGUGUGUCCAGCGUGUGCCCACCUGCAGCGACAUCCAUUGCCAUAAAAGUACUGUGUGCCAGAUUGUGGGUGUAAUCCCCAAGUGUAUCCCACGUGUGCCCACCUGCAGUGACAUCUAUUGCCACAAAGGCACCAUCUGCCAGGUCAUUGAUGGAGUCCCCAAGUGUGUCCAGCGUGUGCCCACCUGCAGCGACAUCCAUUGCCAUAAAAGUACUGUGUGCCAGAUUGUGGGUGGAAUUCCCAAGUGCGUCCCACGUGUGCCCACCUGCAGUGACAUCUAUUGCCACAAAGGCACCAUCUGCCAGAUCAUUGAUGGAUUCCCCAAAUGCAUCCAGCGUGUGCCCACCUGCAGUGACAUCCAUUGCCAUAAGGGUACCGUGUGCCAGAUUGUGCGUGGAAUCCCCAAGUGCGUCCCACGUGUGCCCACCUGCAGUGACAUCUAUUGCCACAAAGGCACCAUCUGCCAGGUCAUUGAUGGAUUCCCCAAGUGUGUGCAGCGUGUGCCCACCUGCAGCGACAUCCAUUGCCAUAAAGGUACCGUGUGCCAGAUUGUGGGUGGAAUCCCCAAGUGCGUCCCACGUUGUGUCCAGCGUGUGCCCACCUGCAGCGACAUUCAUUGCCAUAAAGGUACCGUGUGCCAGAUUGUGGGUGGAAUCCCCAAGUGUAUCCAACGUGUUCCCACGUGCAGAGACAUCUACUGUCACCAGGGCACCGUGUGCCAAGUGGUGCACGGCUGGCCCAAGUGUGUGCACAUGUUCCGGUCAGCCCCACUGCCACCACCGUCUUGUGCAGCAAUCCUUUGUAUCCUGGGCACCACGUGCCAGGUCCUCAAUGGCAUGCCCACAUGUGUGCCCCAUACCCAGCCCUGCCAUGGGAUCCACUGCCCAGUGGGCACUGUGUGCCGGGUCUUGGACGGCAUCCCCCAGUGCAUUUCUCAGAAGCCCUCAUGCCACGGGAUCCACUGUGGGGCGGGCACCAAGUGUCAAGUGGUGAAUGGGGCACCCAAGUGCGUGCACCUGGCACCCUCAUGCGACGGGAUCUUGUGCAGAGUGGGCUCCACAUGCAAACUCAUAAACAGACUGCCCACGUGCGUCCCUGUGACCCGGGCGCAGCCUGUGUGCUGGGCUUCUGGGCACCCACACUACCACACCUUCGAUGGGCGCAGCUACGACUUCCAGGGCACCUGCACCUACACGCUGGUGAAGCCGUGUGCCGGCACCACGGCCAAGCUGCCCUCCUUCCACGUCAAGGCCAAGAGCCAGCGGUGCGGUCAGAGCCACGUGUCCUUCGUGAGCCAGGUCACCCUGCUCCUCUAUGGCUACGAGAUCACCAUGGUCAAGUACGAGUACGGACUCGUCCGGGUGAACAAGCAAAAGACGCGGCUGCCCAUCUCCCUGAAGCAUAACAAGCUGUGCCUCCACCACCGGGGUGGACAGCUGGUGGUGGAGACCCGUUUUGGCCUGAAGAUCUACUAUGACUGGAACUACUACCUGGUGGUCAAGGUGACAAAGGCCUUCCACGGUAUGCUAUGCGGCCUGUGCGGCAACAACAAUGGUGACCCCAGCGAUGACUUCUUGACCUCCUCUGGCAGCUUAGCUGUUAGCCCUGUGGCCUUUGGCAAGAGCUGGAAGGUGGACGAUGGUGACAACCACUGCCAGCACGGUUGCCAUGGCAAAUGCAAGGGGUGUUCCCCGAAACUGGUGAAGCGCUAUGGGGGGGUAGGCUACUGCGGGCUCAUCAAGAAGGCCCCCAAUGGGCCCUUCCGGCAGUGCCAUGCCCGUGUGGCCCCCAAGCCCUACCUGGCUGACUGCAUCGCUGACCUGUGCACCUACGAUGGCUACAAACAGAUCCUGUGCCGGGCACUGAAGACGUACGCGGAUGCCUGCCAGAGAGAAGGUGCCCUGGUGCACAACUGGAGGAAGCAUGCUGGUUGUCCCAUGCCCUGCCCGGAGAACAGCCACUAUGUGGCCUGCGGCUCAGCCUGCCCUCUCACCUGCAAGAACUUCAUCAUCCCAGAGAAAUGCCGCCUGCCCUGUGUGGAGACAUGCCAGUGUAAACCGGGCUACGUGCUGGAUGGGGGCCAGUGCAUCCCCAAGGAGCGCUGUGGCUGUGCCCACAAAGGCCGUCUCUAUGCCCCGGGUGAGCGGUUCUGGGCAGACGACAGAUGCCAGCAGGCAUGCAAGUGCAACGCGGGUACCCGGAAGGUGACAUGCCAGGAUGCACGGUGCAAGGAGAGCGAGGAGUGUGGCGUGACAGGUGGCGUGCGUGGCUGCUACCCAACACGCUAUGGGACUUGCGCGGCUGUGGGCGAGACCCACUAUGUCACCUUCGACGGGCUGCACUAUGACUUCUUGGGUACCUGCGUGUACUUGCUGGCCAAGCUGUGCCACCGCUCCAAGGGGCUGCUGCCCUUCCAGGUGCUGGUGCAGAGGGAGCAGCCGAGUGGCAAGGAGGGCAGCGGUGCCACCAAGGUGGUGGAGGUCAAGGUCUACGGGGUGGAGAUCACGCUGGCGGCGCAUGGGCGCGUCAAGCUUAACGGCCUGUACAUCCACCUGCCCUACUCCAUCGAAAACAACAAGAUCUCCAUCCACUACCGGGGCUGGGACGUAGUGGUGAAGACGGACUUCCGCCUGACCGUGGCCUUUGACGGCAGGAACCACGUGCGGGUGACGCUGCCCAGCACCUAUGCGGGCACUGUGUGCGGCCUCUGCGGUAACUUCAAUGGGAAGAAGCAGGACGACUUCACAGUGCGCGGGGGGCUCCGGGCCACCUCCCCCGCCACCCUGGGCCGCAGCUGGAAGGUCCGGGACAUCCCCGGCUGCGUGGAGGGGGAGAAGGCUGCCUGUAAGGACAUGUUCCAGAUGGAGCGGCAGCAACGGCAGGAGCAGAAAGUGUGCGGGGUCCUACUGAACCCCAACGGGCCUUUCCGGGGCUGCCACAACCAGGUGCCCCCCGAGGGCUACUUCAAGGACUGUGUCUUUGACCACUGCUCCAAGAAGAGCCUAGCCGUGGUGUGCAACAUCCUGGCUGGCUAUGCCGCCACCUGCCAGGCUGCCGGCGCCCCCAUCCAGCCCUGGAGGACCAAGAAUUUCUGCCGACCAUCCUGCCCCAAGAACAGCCACUACGAGGUGUGUGCCCGAGGAUGUCCGGCCACCUGCCGCAGCCUCUACUCCCCGGCCCAGUGCCCCACCAAGUGCCGCGAGGGCUGCGUGUGCGACUCAGGCUUCGUGCUCAGCGGCCAGCAGUGCGUGCCCAUGUCCCAAUGUGGCUGCGUCUACCGGGGUUUCUACUACAAGCCGGGAGAGUCCUUCUACCCCAGUGGGUUCUGCAAGGAACGGUGUCAUUGCCAAGCUGGGGGCAUCGUGCAUUGCCGGGAGUUCUCCUGUGGCCCCAACGAAGAAUGCCGGGUGGUGGACGGCAUCCAGAAGUGCCACCCCGUGGUGCCCAAGGUGGGCACAUGCCAGGCCAAUGGGGACCCUCACUACCUCAACUUUGAUGGCUAUUCCUUUGACUUCCAAGGCAAUUGCACCUACGUGUUGGCCCAGAGCUGUGCCCGGAAGGGCUACCUGCCCGCCUUCACCAUCAAAGUCCAGAACCAGCGGCUGGGCAAGACCCAAGCAGCCACCACUAAGACGGUGUCUGUCAAGGUCUACAAGCAUGUCUUCAGCCUUCAGCGAGGGCACAAAGGCAUCAUUGUGGUGGAUGGCGUGGCCUUCCAGCUCCCCCUCUGUCUGGAGGGGGGCAACGUGUGCGCCUUCUACCAUGGGGCCACAGUGGUGAUACGGACAGACUUCGGGCUCAGCGUGACCUUCGACCUCUGGUACCACCUGGCCGUGCGGGUGCCCCAGGCCUACCGCCAGCAGAUGUGCGGCCUGUGUGGCAACUACAAUGGGCACCGCGCUGAUGACUUUGUCAAGCCUGAUGGCCGCCCUGCCCGCAACCUCCGGGAUUUCGGGGCUUCCUGGAAGGUGCCAGUGCCUGGCAUGACCUGCAAUGAUGGCUGUGCAGGUUUAGUGUGUCCAGCCUGCCACGAGUCUCGCAAGGUCAACUAUGUCCAUAGCAAGCACUGCGAGAUCCUGCGGGCCCGUUAUGGGCCCUUCAGUGCCUGCUACUCCACCCUCAACCCCACCAUCUUCUUCAACAACUGCGUGCAUGACCUCUGCAAGACCACAGGGGACCGGCGUGUGCUCUGCCGGGCCAUCCACGCCUAUGUGGCCUCCUGUCAGGCUGCCGGCAUCAAGAUCAAGGCCUGGAGGACCAACAAGUUCUGCCCCAUGAGUUGUCCGGCCAACAGCCACUACUCCCUGUGUGCCAACCCCUGCUCCAGCGGCUGCAAGGCCGUGGCCAAGAUCACCCAGUGCCCCAAGACCUGCGCUGAGGGCUGCCAGUGCAACAAAGGCUAUGUCCAGGUGGGCCAUGCCUGCAUCCCCCUCCAGCACUGCCGCUGCUUCCACCAGGGACGCUACUACAAGCCCAGAGAGACGGUGAUCACAGCCCACUGCCGGCAGCAGUGCUCAUGCAGCCUGCAGACGGGCAUGACAUGCCGGCCUUUUCAGUGCCCGGCGGGGGCCUCAUGCCAGCUAAGCAGUGGGCGCUGGGGCUGUGUGAAACAGGAUGGCCUGUGCUCCAUCACCCGUGGCGACAUCUUUACCACCUUUGAUGGCAUCUCCGGCAAGAUGCCCCCAGACGGCGUUUAUGAGAUCUCCUCGCUGCUCAGCACCAAGAACAAGGAGUGGUUCCGGGUGGUGGUGGACAUCCAGGGAUGUCACAAGUGCCCAAGCUCCCGCAUCACCACAGUGACCGUCUUCUUCCACCAGCUCACCAUCCUGGUCCAGCGAGAUGGCAAGGUCUUGGUGAACGGGCACGUGGUGCAGCUGCCAGCUCGGCCCUCGGCAACAGUAUCAGUGAAGCUAGCCCAGGACAAAGUGACGGUGGCCCAGGGCAAGGCGCUGCGGGUGCAACUGAGCCGCGGUGGGGAUGUGCGGGUGGUGGCUUCAGGGCACCUGGCCAGGAAGCUCUCAGGGGCCUGUGGCAGCUUCAAUGGCAACCGCGCUGAUGACCUGCGCCUGCCCGAUGGCACCGUGGCCCACAGCGUGAGCGAGCUAGUCGGCUACUGGCGCUUCACCGAGACCGUCGUGCAUGGGGACAACAAGGACAAGAAGGACUGA